AUCGGCUCCAAGAAGUUCAGAAGGCUUCAUCUUCCCCAGCCCAGCAGCUACUGAGCCCUUCCAAUCUCUAAAUAUUCGCCGGAAAACAGCUACUACCAGUAAGGCCUAUUCUCUGACGAUACGCUUCCUCGAGCCACUCCUACCAUCAGCCUUACCGGAAGAUGCAUCUUUCCACUCAGAUACUCGUAGCCUUUUGUGGCCUCCUGAUCUGCUUUUCUCAAGUACAGGCUGCAGAAGUUCUUGAAUCCCUGGCCAAGCUGUACAUCCCCUACGACUACGAUAGCUCCGGAAAUGGACUGUAUGGCAUCAACAAGGCUGCAGUAGAACAGAGUGCUUAUGAUGAGGAUGCAAGGAUUCUGUACUCUGCUGGGGGUAAAUACAUCCACAUCAUUCAGCUUUCAACAUAUCUACGUAUCCUCAAAAGGUUCCCCCUGCCGGCUGGUCGUGCGGCGAAUGAUAUUGAGAUAUGUGGUGAUUACAUUGCAUACGUCAUAGAGGGACAAACAUCGCAGGCCAAUGGGACUCUAAUCGUACGAGGAAAGUAUAACAUUAAUACAAAGGAAUGGCCAGUGGCAAGUCAAAUCCAAGUGGGUAGCAAACCUGACAUGCUCAAGUUCAAUCAUCUGUGCACUGUAAUCAUGACGGCCAACGAAGGGGAGGCGGGCGGACCCGACCAGAAUACCUUCAUCAACCCCGAAGGAUCAAUCUCCAUAGUAGAGAACUUCGCAAGCAGUACACCGUCGGUGACGACUUUGGAUUUCCGCAAGUUUAACAAUGUGUAA